UGUUGUAGUUGACAUGAGAGCGAAAAAUCUGCAGUGAUCCGGCUCAGCGCAUUUCUCGUUCCCUUGCAGACCUUUUUAAUUGAAAUAGAUUCCUCUUGUCGAUUGCACAUACUGUAAUCCAUCAUUUCUGUUAAGCAUUUGCGUUUUUCUCUGAACCGGAAGACCUAAAAGAAAUCAAAGUUCGCAAGGAGGUGACAUCUGGCUGCUCCACACCUGACUUCAUUGAAUGAGGUUUAACACCAAUUAGCAUUUGUUUUGGUUCGAUAACCAUACAAUACCAAACACGCCCAACAUUCAGUCGGAAGCAGCUGGACACAUUCAUAUAAAUCUGCAGGCUAACGGUGACGAGCUGGCGCAAGUCGUGGGUUGUCCGUGGAUAAUGCGAGACAGUGGCGGUAGCCUGGCCCAGAACCGCUGGCAGGGAGACCUGGGUCUGACCGCUGUGGGGCAGGACGACACAGGAGGAGGUGGGAUUCCUGGGGACCACCUCAUAGUCCCAGUGUCAGGCCACAGUGUGCCCAGCCCCAUGCACCUCAGACUGGGGCAGAAAGAGAAAGUGUGGACGGGCGAGUAUGUAGAGGAGGAGGAGGAGGAGGAGGAGGAGGAGGAUGGGAUGGGGAGGAUCAAGCCAAUAGGUGAUGAGGAUGAAGAAAACAAUCUGGAUGGAGACGACGAGGCAGAGUUUGAGGGCAAGGGUUGGGAUAACAAUGAGGAGGAGGAAGAAGAGGAGGAGGAUGAAGAGGAGGUGGAAGAUGAAGGAGACCAGGCGGAGGUGGAGUGGGAGAUCCCAGACUUUCCCUCCCAGUCCAACCAGCACCCUCAUUCACAACAACACCAACAGCACGGACCACAACAGAAGGCAGAAGAAGGCGGCAGUGUCCCUGUAGUGGAUACUGUCUCCGAGGCCGAGGCAGGGGACUUGUUCAGGUCCAGCUUCAGCAGGUACAGGGCUCUGAGGAGGCUCCGGCUCAGGCGCUGGCCCCGCUUGCGAUCCCAUGGAGGCCUUGGAUUGCGGCUUACCCAGCACUGGAAGAGCUGGCGCCAGCGGGCGCAGUUGGCAUGCUCCCUAGGGUCCCGGUACAGCCGGAAAGGGCGAAGGCACAAUCUAUACGGCAAGCAGAGGAGGAUAAAAAGGUAUCGACAAUACACCGAUGGAGAGGAUGACAGCAACGACGAGAGGUUCACAGACUCUGAGAGAGAUAAACGGAUUAACGGCUGCUCUCCAGUCAAGCCAGAGGACAGAGGGAGGCGAGAAGUGGAGAUUAAACCAGCCGAGCUGGCCCUUACUGAGGAGCACAUGAGUUGUGUGACAGGUAUUCUUGAAGAGUCUCUACAGCAGUACGGCAGUUUGAUCCCCAUCCAUGUGGAUGACAUCGUGGAGAAGCUUCAGGACAUCUUCAGCGAGAGCUUCUCACAGCCACACAGGAAAGCAGUGGUCCAGCAUCUAAUACAAUCCUUCCAACGUUCGUCGGGAUCAGCCCUGGCUAAAACAUUCAGAGUCAAUUACAAACGCCACGUUUUGACCAUGGAUGACCUGGGCACUCUGUAUGGACAGAACUGGCUCAAUGACCAGAUUAUGAACAUGUAUGGUGACCUGGUCAUGGACGCUGUGCCAGAGAAGGUUCACUUUUUCAACAGCUUCUUCUAUGAUAAGCUAAGGACAAAAGGCUAUGAUGGAGUCAAACGGUGGACGAAAAAUGUUGACAUCUUUCAGAAGGAUCUGUUGUUGAUCCCCAUCCACCUGGAGGUCCACUGGUCGCUGGUCAGUGUUGACAUUCCUCGUCGAGCCAUCACUUACUUUGACUCUCAGCGGACUCUCAACAGACGCUGCCCAAAGCACAUUUUUAAGUAUCUGCAAGCGGAGGCCAUCAAGAAAGACCAACAAGACUUUUUGACAGGAUGGAAAGGCUUUUUCAAAAUGAAUGUGGGUCGUCAGAACAACGACAGUGACUGUGGGGCUUUUGUGCUACAGUACUGCAAGUGUCUGGCACUAGGGCAGCCAUUCAACUUUGGCCAACAGGAUAUGCCCCGGCUGAGGAGGCAAAUGUACAAAGAACUGUGUCACUGCAAGCUCACCCUGUGACCCGCCACCCCCACCCCAGCCCGCCAUCUCCACCCGCUCCCACCCUUAACCCUAACAAGAUGGAGGGACAAUGAUACAACGAGAAGAGGGCAAGGGGAGCAAACGAUUGACUGGCAAAAGAGAAACUUUUCAAAAACUUUAUUUUUCUCUGCCAACAUCCAGAGAAACCCCUUCUUCUAUUGUAGGUGAUGUCAUCAUUUCACUUUUUGUCUCUCUUUGCUUCCCUCUCUCCACCCUUUGAAAAAUUUGAUUUCCAUGUCAUGGUUAUUCCUUUGUGGUUGACAGAGGCCAAGACUAGCUUCCGUUUGGGGAAUGUGCUAAUCUUCCAUCCUACCGUAGUCCAUUUUUGUUUUACAGUCUGAAUGGGAGCAUGAAGAAGAUGAUGAAGAUAUCUAAAGCAUACAGUCCAGAUGAAGGGUUGGACCUCAGUUAGUCCAACCUGACUACUUACUUUCACGUUGAGAUGCCUGAACAGUGAGUGCAGAGGUAGCACCGUGUGUGGACGGCAGAAUGAUCUGAACCAGUCUGUGUAAGCUUGUGGUUGAAUAGUACUAGUGGAUGUACAUGCCUUCCAUCCAUCCAGUCCAUGCAGUGUGUACUCUCAGCAAAACACCCAACAUAAAGUCCACCUCCUCAUGCUGCAGCCAGCGUGUUGUUGACGGUUCUAUCUAUCUAGUCAGCACAUAAUGUUUGCUACUGUAGUGCGACGUUACAUUUCCAAUGUAUAAUAUUUGUUUUAACAGUUUCCUACAAGAUGUUUAGACGAAUUCAAAGUGAAAAUGGAACUUACUAUUUGAUGCUGCCAUAUUGAGAACAGAAAACACACUUUGAGCGUGUGAAGAGCCAUUCUAGUGCAUUUUUUUAAAAUGGGAAAUCAGAAUUUACAUACAUGGAACACACCACAUAUUGACCCCUGUGCCGGAAACUUCCUCUGCCUCCAUCACUCCUCCCCCAGAUAUGACAUCGUCAUGUGGGAGACUGGAUCUGCACCCGUGGAUCACCGCCCAAACAAACCAGAAUGACAUAUUGGCCCAAAGAAGGGGUAUCUUUACAUUGCAUUUAUCUUUUCUGUGUUUUAUCUUGUCAGUAAAUGUGUUGAUAUGCUUAUUGCUUUAAACAAGCGGUGUUAACAGGAGGACUACUAAUAUGUGUUAUUUUCAGAGUAAGUACAAAAGAGAUCCUCUGGUUAGUAUUUCCUUGAAAGUUCGAGAGCCAUUUUUUUUUUUGGUGAGGACCACGACAGCUACACAACAGAUCCAGUUAUGUUCACUAUGGAGUUACAGCACCCUCCUCCUCUUCUUUUUAUAAUGAAAGACAAAUUUGUUGAUAGCUGUGUGUUUAUUUUUUUCUUUUUUUCAAACAGGAGUUGAUGCAACAGAGUUGACAGUUUUAUAUAUCUUCUACAAUGCAUUAUGGUUGCUAAAAAUAAAAAUAUGCGGCAAAUGAG